UUCACAACAUUGAAAAUCACUUUUCAUCAAAGAAGAAAAAGCUUUAUCAAUAAUGGAUUUCAGAUUGAUGGGUUUGGAUUCUCACCCAGUUCUUCAUUCUCUGAUGGAUCUUUCAGACGAAACUUCUUCCGACAAGGCAUCACACAAUGCUCCGACAUGGUGCUACGUGAGAGACGCAAAGGCAAUGGCUGCUACUCCGGCGGACGUGAAGGAAUAUCCGAAUUCGUACUUGUUUGUGAUUGAUAUGCCGGGGUUGAAAUCUGGUGACAUAAAGGUUCAGGUUGAAGAUGAUAAUGUGCUUGUGAUAAGUGGUGAGAGGAAGAGGGAAGAAGAGAAAGAAGGUGUUAAGUAUUUGAGAAUGGAGCGAAGGAUUGGAAAGUUUAUGAGGAAAUUUGUUCUUCCUGAGAAUGCUAAUACUGAUGCUGUUUCUGCUGUGUGUCAAGAUGGGGUGCUAACUGUUUCUGUUGAGAAAUUGUCUCCUCCUCAGCCUAAGAAGCCAAGAACCAUUGAGGUUAAGAUUGCUUGAAUUCGUGUUUUGAUUCGAAGAAUGAUGUAGUGUGUGUGGGUACAAUGUUGUUUUUUUUUUAAGGUUGUUCUUUUUUAUGUUUUGUUCUGGAGAUCAAUGGUGUAAUGUAGUUACUUUGAUUUGAUAACAGUACAAUGAUCAUUAUGUUGUUGAGGGGAAUUAGUAGUAUCUUUGAUUUGUAGUGCAAUGAAGUUAUUUUGUUUCUAUGGUUUCAAAAAAAUGUUGUAUU